AUGACAGGAAAGGACUUGACCACGAGCGGGUCGCACUUGUCGAGAACGAGCGACAGUGGAUAUGGAGGUGGGGAUGCCGCUAUAAGUGCGCUCCAUUGCUCUACCCUGCUGCGGUGCUACAACCACCGACAUGGCGAUGUCGGAAACAUCGACAGCCCCUACCCCAAGGUCGAGCAGCAGUCCAUUAAUUUCCUGUACACGUUGAAUCAGGAUACUCAUCACUUAUCCGGCACUCGCACAUUUCCCGACCGCACAGCUCUUGGGCAGGCAUCGGCUCGCACGCAGUCCCUCCAAGGAAAGCCACCCAAUCAGCACCUCUUCUUACCGGCACCGCUGACUGUGCCAUCCGUCACACACAGCCAAUACGCGCGCCCCGACGGCGCUGCACGUUUGGCAGGGAGACUUCAUCGAGUGCGGCUCAAAGGCUGUGCAGCCGAGGAAGGAACAGCCGGACGGCGGCCUGCCUCCGUCGAUACUCUUAGACGCCUAAAGACGGUGAAGGUGGGGCAAGCCGCGACGGCGCAGAGCAUGAACCACACCUUGGCCAUGGGUGGCGGCGUCAUCGUCGUCUCGGGUCUGCGCUAG